AUGAAGCCUAGAGGGCACACUAGGUUGCUGAUCCUUUUGUUUCUUACCACUUUUUCACUACUUCGGUCGUUCGGAAACCCGUUGUCUUUGCUAAGAGAAAAAGCAGCCGUCCAUUACUUGCCUGUCUCAAGUUUACUAUCAACAAAAAAUGGUCACCUGAAAACAUCAUCUGACAGAACUGUAUGGAUACUCAUCACAGGAGUCUUGGGAGAUCUAGAACUUGACAGCAAGAUUGAAUACAUUAUUCGCCCUCUUCAAGCCUUAAAAUAUGAUAUUAGGGUACUGUUGCUACUCCAGUCAGACUUGACGCACAAACGCUUCCCACCCUUUCGAGAACCCUACUCUUUUGUCCAACCUUCCAACUUCAAAGAAGGCGUCAAUACUGCUUCCUUGACCCCCACAGCUUCUCGUUUUUACAAGUUUCCACUAGGAACUCAAACUGCUGUCGUGAAGCAUAAGCAAACUGCAAACCUGAUUCAGCAGCGACCGAGACACUUUGAAACUGCCAACGAUAUUCUCGAAAAACUCGACAACCUCACUUCAACUUUUGUCAAAGUACAAGAGCCCUUGGUCAACCUGCCCAUGAAUAUCGAAUAUAUUCGUGCCUUGGCACUUCGCGAUGGGCGCAAUGUAAAGGGACUAAUGAAUCGCAGUGCUCUCGGUCGGAUCAUUUGGCGGGCCGUCAAUGAUUUUCGUCAAUUACAACUAUGGCAACAGGCCUGGGAAAUUAUCUCACAACAAGAUGACGAUACUACAAGCACCCAAGGUGACAUGCAGGGAACCGUCAUCAGACUAGGCGAAGAUUCAAUUGUAAAUAAGACAUUUGACAUUGGAUCCAUAAUCAACGGAUUGCAAUCGCAAGGUCGAAUGGCGAUGAUCCCGUGUGAAACCGCACGCGGCCACAAGAACGAUCGAGUGGAUUUCUUUUCGGCAAUGGUGGCCAAGACUGUCUUAAAACUGCCGUUUGCGGCAUUGUAUCAAACUGGUAGAUUUUCAGCCACCGAUCAGGGAAGCAACAGCACUGAUCCGCUGUCAAGCUAUCUUUUGUCAUUGUAUCAGAGACAAAAUAUCGCUGUGUCGGUCGCUUCCAAAGAAAAUCCCAGAGACUGGACUCCACUUGCUUCUCCUUCUGCUCCCGAAACCGGAGGUUUGUCCAGGAAUGAGACGACGAAACCUCCAUUUCAGUUUCCACUUUCCACCAAUGCCUUGGGUAAAACGAAUGCAAGAAGUAUGCCUAGGAAUGCAACAACGAGCAAAAAGCCCAGGAUAUUCGUCUGCAUCACUGGGCAGCUACAUCGAUUGGAACUGAAGCAAAAGUUCAAAACAGUUAUUCAGCCCAUGGAAAAGGCUGGCUAUAGUGUUGAUCUGGCCAUGGUUUUGUCAUCAGGAGAGGCAAUAUAUCAAUUGCGAAAAGUGAAGAGAACGAGUAAAGCACCUUCCACCUUUUCGUCGCCAAAAGAAGUGCUUGAUUAUAUGAGCAAGAGGGCACAUGUCCUCAAUCCUCAGAAUAUUACCUAUAUCAAGCCAUUGAAUCAUCCAGUGAAUCCACAGUAUUUGUAUCAUCGAGCAGUCUUGAAGAAGACGAGCUCGAUGAAAACACGCCAAACUUUUCAUGCCAAAUGGUCCAAUAUUGAAGAAGCCUUGCAACGGAGCAUGGCAAAUACCAUCAUGAUGGAGAGUUACACUCGAUGCUGGGACUGGGCGAAACAAAGUGGUCAUUCUUACAAGUGGUAUGUACGGAUCCGCGACGAUAUUGCUUUCCAGAAACCUUUGAUUCCGAAAAAGACCUUUGACAAAAUCGAAGACAAGAAUUCCCUCUUUUCGUCCACGGCAGAUGCUAACGGGGGCAUCAAUGACCGCAUGGCUAUUGUGGGCCCAAAAGCCGCCGAGUGUUAUUUCAACAUCCCCUACAUCAAAUUGUUCGAUGGAAGUUAUUUGGACGAUGCGAUGACCAACACGGAAACCUUCUUCAAUCGACAAUACUGGGCCAACAAAUGCGGCGAUCGUAAAACAUUUCGUUUCAAACCUAGAAAGAUUCACAACGGGAAAUUCAUUGACUGA